AUGGCGCCCACAUGCAAUGUCAAGCAGAAGACGAUGACCAGGGCUCAAGUUGGCCAGGUCAUUCGAUCUACGUCCUGCUCAUCCUCCCCAAGCAGUUCAUCUUCUUCGAGUAGCCCGUCCGCACCAGGUAGCCCAUCUUCCUGGAGCGAAUCAGCUGUUUCAAUCGGAAACAAGAGAAGCCCAAUGGCCGCCAACAAUGAACCCCCCAAGAAGCGUUAUAAGCCUCAACCCGACAAAGACUCACAGAUAGUUAAAGCAUCCAACAACAACAAGAUGAUCAUCGAAGCGCCGCUCUUGAAAGAUUUCACUAAGGAGUUUGGAAUUCCCGCGAGUCAAUUCGUCUGGGGACCACGCGAGACAACUCCUGAAGAAGAGUCGUUCGACGAGGAUGAGACGGCGCCCCCUCCCUCUAUCCCCAAUGCCUACCAAAGGGAUCCAGGUUCGCGUCGAGGUAGGGCUCUGGCGGUGCUGACAAAAAACGUUAAUCCCACUCCUGCCCGUUAUCAAAACCGUACUCAACGAGGUCGCCGCGGGGUUCUCCGCAAUUCCCCGGCUCCAGAGCCUCGACCUAGACUCCCUAUCAGGAUCAAGGUCAAAAGUCCCAGACGUCUCAGCUUCAUGGGUCUUCCUGCCGAGGUUCGUGAACAAAUCUAUCGAGGUCUCCUUGUGUCGAACAAGCCUAUUCCUGUUUACAGCAGCUGGAGGCGUGUGUACCAGCGAGAGAAACCUGGCCUUGACAUCAGCAUCCUCAUGGUGAGCAAGAAAGUCUUUGUUGAAGCGAGAGGCGUCAUGUACGGCGAAAAUACCUUUCUCUACCUUCUUCGGGAUGCGCCUACUCAAUAUCACGAGGUGGCCAACAUCCAGGACCUAGUCAAUGACGACAUAUAUGUCCCUGAGCCUGGCAUGAGAGACCAGGAAAACAUCGCCAACAGAGACACCGACCCUCUGGCACUACCAAUCCAUGAGCCUGGGACUAUCGAUACUGCCAAAUACGCGCAGUACUUUCGCUUCAUCACGGUCAAGGCCGAUUCCAGUCGCUCCACUCCGAGCACGAAGGAAUUCAUGGUCGAUGCCAUUAAGAUGUUUGCCAAAACCCCUUAUAAUGCCAACAUCCACACGCUCAAGAUCAUCAUCAGCCCAAGUUUCAAACACGGCAAGUUCACCUUUGUCGAUUUUUUCGAGCCAGCUUCGGAGUUGAUGGUAGCAUUGAAGUCGCUACCUUGUGAGAUCAUACAUGUUCAGAUCUUGAACAAGCUUCUCAACAAUGGUGCUUGGCCCUCCUCAACUGAUCUCAUUCUUCGUGCCCACCAACUGCGAUUUUACAGACAACUCGCGUUGCAGGAGCGUGAGGACAAAAGAAAGGAUGAAGGCGAUGACAGAGACGUCAAAGGCCUGAGUAGUGAUCUUUUCAGGACGGAUGCUAAGAUGAAGAACUUCCGCUUCAACAAGCUUUGUUGGAUCCACCAGAAAAUGGCUCAACUCAGCAAAUUCAUUCUCCAGGCUUGCGAGAAGUGCGCCCAGGACGACGAUGACAAGCAGAGCAACACCGGCGGUGCUCCACCUGGAGCGACUGACGACGAUGAAGACGAUUGGUACAUCUACGAACACGAUGAGUAG